UUAAUGAGUGCCGAUGUGAGCAAAAUAAAGCUUGAUUAUAGCAAUAAUAAACACAAUUGUAUAGAACCGAGUUAUAUAAGAGAAAUGAAUAUUGAAGCGUUCCUCAUAUUCUUCUUGCCUUGCCUAUCCUGUAUGCGUCGAGGUCCACAUCAUCCUCACGGACAGAUGCCCCUCGACAGUCAUAGCCACUACAAGCCAAAACAUUCAGACUCCUUAACAAAGGACACACAAUUACUUCAUGAUGCCAAACAUUUAGAGGAAGACGUGAAAGUAUUAACUGCUGAAGCAAUAGCUAAGAUGACACCAGAGGAAUUGGAAUUCCAUUAUUUCUCAGCGCACGAUUACGACAGGAAUUCUUUAUUGGAUGGUUUAGAAAUGCUUAAGGCUGUCUAUCAUACGAUAGAACACGCUGCGCCCGAUCCUGAAGAAGAUGAAGACAUAGAACCUGAAUCUGAUAAUCUGGAAUUAUAUAUUGCACUAGUGGAUAAAACUCUAAAAUCUGAUGACACAAACAACGAUGGCUACGUCUCGUACGCGGAGUACAGGGCAGCGAGAGGAAACACCACGGAGGAUCGCUCACCAAGAGUGUUAGCGGGAAAUGCUGGUUAGAUUAGGUUUUAUUGACAGUGAUAUCUCUUCUGGCACGGUAAACCCCGCUCUCCCCACGAAACUGCAUCUCUGAUGCCAUUCGAUAUAUUUUCGUAAGGCUCUAAACUCACAUUGCUGUAAAAGAUGUACAUACAUAAUAUUACAGUGUUAUUCUUAAUACGAUGGACAAUAAAAAUUCUUCUAACUA